GUUGCGUCCAUUUUUCACGUAUAUAUUAAAAUAUUAAAUUAAGGAAAGCUAUCAAGAUUUAAAUAAAUAUUUAAUUAUUUUAAUCAUUAAUAAUAAUGGCUGAUAAAAAAAUAAAUGUGAAUAUCAGGAAAAAAAAUUGUUUGUUGACUUCUUAACUGGUACGAAGGCUUAUUAUUUCGUAUAUAUUAUAGUGAUUUAUUGGCUCUUUCCUAGCACUCAAUGAUGCACUUUCAUGCUUCAAUGGUUACUGUUUCACCAUUAAUUGACUUUGUUACAUUAUUUGCAUUAGAAAGUGCCAAAAUAGAGCCGGACUCUACUACCAAUGACUCAACCAUCAACUCUGAUUUAACGAAUUUCUCCACAGACUCUGUGACAUCAAAUGGCCAUUUCAAACACUGUUGCACUAACCAUUCAGAUCAAUGCAUUUGUGCAAACUUAAUAAAAUUCGCAAAAGCUAGAGAAAAACGGAAGAGACGGGAAUUAGAAAGGAUGAAGAGAAGAGUAUUAAAUUCUAGUAGUUCUGAUGAAGAUGAUAGUAAGACCUACAACAAAACAUCUAGAGUUAAAAAUGUAUCACUAAAUUCAUUAAGAUCAUUGGAGUCGAGUGAUCCUUCAUUUUAUACUGCUGAAGUUGAACCAUCUAAACCUCCGUCUCCAAGAUCAUUUAGCAGUAUAAAAGAGCCUUUUAAUUCGGAUCUAUCAACAGGAAAAGAAGAAAUUUCCGAUUUGAAUCAUAAUGAAAACAAUGACCAAUUAAUAAUACAACAAAUGAAAAGUGGAUUAUUUUCUCAUUUACCGAACUCAAAUUCAGUAGUCGAAGAAAAAAUAAAACCUUUUUUCACGCGUUUAAGUAUUGUAGCUCAGGAAAAAUCCGAUGAUAAUGAGUUUAAAGAAUGCUUAACAGCAGCUUAUCAAGCAUCUCAACAAGAUCCUAAAGACUUUGCAUCAAGAUUAACUACAAUUCUUGAAGAAUCUACUUUGUCGCAAGGAAAUUAUACAGUCCAGUAUUUUCAUAAUAUUUUUACAGCAUUUAAAAAUGUUGAUAUUCAAAAUGAAUCUCUACCCAAGUCAUUUAUCGAUAAAACUAUAUCACCAUGUUCACAAUCCACACCUAAGAAGAUAUUAUAUCCAUUCGGACGAGAUACUCCAAAAUCUACAAAGAAUAUAAAUAAAUCCCAAGCAUCUCCAUUAUUUGUAUCAACUUUAUCUCGAUUUGUUGAAGCAGCUAAUCAGAUAUUAACACAUCCAAAUAUAUCUGCAUUACAAUCUCCUUCGUCAUUAUGUGAUUCUAUGUCUAGACAUAAUGAUUCUUCAUUCACAUACUUAGAAAAAAAAUAUGUAGGAGAAUGUACAAGUUCGCAAAGUAGUGUUCCAGAAUUAACUGAAAAAGAAAAAGAAGUACUUGCACUGUGUCAAAAACAAUUGAAAGCUUUAGAAGAUUCUCCACGAAUACAAAAAGAAGCUUCUCCACUAUACAGGAAAAAAGACUGUGAACUCGGUUCGAAAAUCGAUUCUCCUUGUUUUGCAUCAACAAAAAAUUAUGAGGAUACGAACGAUAUUGAUUGUAAUAGCCAGAAUGAUAAUGUUGAUGAUAGUAUUUUGAAUGAAUAUGUAACACAGCGUCGCAGAUGUUUGGAAACUGAGAGAAUGAUUCGAGAAAUCCAGGCAGCUUCUAUUCAAGAUUCGAAUAUUGAUUGUAAUUUUUUAAAUAUAUUAACAGAAUGCUCUGAUUUCCCAAAAUUGGUUAAAUCGAGUAAUAAACCAAAUUCGACUAAAAAAGUGUCACCAUCAUUGAAAAAUAAAGAAGUAAAAGUAUCAUCAAGAAUAACGCCUAAAUCAACUACUCCAAAAAAUAUUAAUCGAAGUCCGAAAAAACUUGGUACUGGUACACAAUCAUCGAAGAAAAAACCAGUUGUUAAAACAGUUUUAUCAAAAACUAAAAUUCAAUCGUCUGGACAUACUGUUUCUACAAGAUCUCCAGUGACACACGCUAAACACUUAAAUUUCAUAUCUCCUCAUUUGAAACCAUUUAAUAAAAAUCGCAGAUCUGGAUCUCGAUCUCCAUCGCCUUCACCGUCUUCUUGUAAUAAAUCUAAAACACCGAAAACUCCAACAUCUUUGCCUAAGAUUAUUAUUACUUCUAGUACUCCUAAAUUUAGGCCGUCUCCCAAACCUAAAUUAAUGAAUCAAAAAAUAGUGCCAGAGAGUCCGAAAUCAAUUUUUCUUCCUGGAGGCAAAUAUUUCACUAUUCCAGGAAAAACUCCAGAUCAGAGACAAAAAACAAAAAAAACUUAUUUUAAAGAACCUACACCGCUUAAAGAAAAAUUUUUUAAUAUUGAUAAUAUAAGAAGUCCUGUAAAGGAUUAUAUUGAUGGAAAGGAGAUGGUUGUCAUAAAACAUGAAUGUAGGCUUGAAAAUUCAGAGAAAAUAAAGAUUACUCCGACUACAAGAAAAAAUUUAGAAGUUAAAACAAAGUUAUCGAAAGAUGAAAACAUGCAGAAUGUUGAGCACAAAGUUGAUUCAGCAAAAUUAUUAAUAGAAACAGAGUUGACAGAGCCAUCGAAGAUAGGAAAUCACAUUUUUUUCCUCGAAACGUCAUGUCCUGAAGAUGGAGAAUUAGUAUUAAAUCCUCGACAAGCUUGUGCCAUCGAAUCAGCGGCUAAAAUGAACCCGGAAAUGGAGAUUUAUUUAUUAUUUCUCAGUCCAACAAAUUUUUCUAAUAAAACGAAGAAUCUUAUCGAUCAUUUAAAAACCUAUAAUAAUAUCAACAUUCGUAGAGUGUUUAUGAAUGAAUAUGUAAAAAACACACCCCUUGAAGAGUGGUGGAAAAGUGGUAUUUUUCAAACUAGUCAGUGGCCUAGAGAACAUAUGGCUGAUGUCAUGCGAUUCCUAACACUUUGGAAGUUUCCUGGAAUAUAUUUUGAUCUUGAUGUCGUAAUAAUGUCUUCGUUGAAGAACUUGACAGAUUUUGCAGGUGCAGAAGAUUCAGAAGUUGUUGCUAUUGGAGCUUUAGGGUUUGGUUCUAAACCAAUAAGUCGGAGAAUAGUGACAGAAUAUCUAGAAGAUUUAGCUAAGAAUUUUCGUGGUGACUUGUGGAGGCACAAUGGUCCUGAUAUUCUCACCAAAGUGCUACAAACAAUUUGUGGUACUCAAAAUGCGCUUGAAAUGGUAAAAGAACGAUGUGAAGGAUUCACAGUUUAUCCACCUCAUGUUUUUUAUCCAAUUCAUUAUAAUUCAUGGAGGAGGUAUUUUGAAAAUAUCGAUAAACAUACAACUAUGAAACUAAUUCAAAAUUCAAUAACAAUUCAUGUGUGGAAUAAAUUAAGUUACUUGAAAGAAAUCCAAGUUGGUGAUGAUGUACCUUACGCUGUGACUGCUAAUCAAUAUUGUCCUAAAAUUUAUCACAAUUGUGGACCAAUUUUUUAGCGUAUUUUUUUUUUUAUUAUUAAAUGAUAAUUAUGUUUUUACGCUUUAACUAUUUUGUUUCUUAGAAAUUCAAUUGGUGUGAAUGACUUAUUAAUUUUUUUAUUGAGUACUUGAUCUUUUUUGUACGUAAUCAGUCUCAGGAGAUUAUACAUAAAGGGAGGAGGGAUAAAGUUGAACAUAGAAAAACCGUGAAUCAAUAAAUUUUUCAAUAUGAGAUAUUGAUAAAUAUUUAAAAAAAGAUAAAAAAAAGGUUUAUAAGUAUUUUUAAGAUUUUUUUUUAAAUAAAUUGAUAAUUUUUUUCAAGCGUUUCACUUCGCUCCUGUGUUCCACUUUAAUCUUUCUUUCUCUAAUUAUUUUGUAUUACAUCGUUUUGAUUGAAUAAUAUUUAUACACUUCUUCAUUCUUAAUUUUUCAAUUGUACUAUUACCAUUUGCUGUUUUUAGUUAAUCUAAAAUAUAGAUAUUUGAACAUUCUUCCCGUGAUUUGAUAGAUUAAAAACAUCUGUUUGUACUAUAUUGUACUGAUUAUUAAAUUUUAUGAGCUAUAAUAGUGAUAUUAGAAUUGAUAAUGAAACUGUAAUUUUUUUUACAAAUAUUUCAUUUGAACAGAGCACGUUGAUAGAGAAUCUGGAGAAAAAUGAAAACAAAAAUAAAAUUUUUUAUUGUGUACAGUA